ACAUUUUCAUCUUCUAUAUUAAAGAAAUUCAAUCGUUAUGCCACCAAGAAAUUCCAACCAGUCUCGAUCCAAGUCAUUCAUCCCUUAUUUGGCUUUCAUCAUCUUUUCUGCCAUCUUUGUUUUCAAGGUCGACGUUAUUAUUUCUCAAACCAUCUCUUCGGCUCGCCGUAACGUAGAAAUUGCUACUAGUGCUCCAAAUGUUGUCAUCGGAAAUGGUACAUUUCACCGUCACUUUAUUGUCUCCUGGGGCGAGAGUCGUGCUCGGAUACUCGAGGACGGUGAGUUACUUGAGCUCUCACUCGACAAAUUCUCAGGAUCAGGCUUCGAGUCAAAGAAAGAAUUCUUAUUUGGAAAGAUUGACAUGCAAAUAAAGCUUGUUCCUGGCGACUCGGCUGGAACUGUCACAACUUACUACUUGUCAUCCGAAGGUGAUCACCAUGACGAGAUAGAUUUCGAGUUUCUCGGCAAUUCAAGUGGGAAUCCGUACACGCUUCACACCAAUGUGUUUAGCCAAGGAAAGGGUGAAAGAGAACAGCAAUUCUUUCUAUGGUUUGAUCCAACUGAAGAUUUCCACACAUAUACCAUUCUUUGGAACCCUAGAUGCAUCCUCUUCUACGUCGACGGCAUUCCAAUUAGAGAAUUCAAAAACUUAGAAAGACGACGAGUUCCAUUCCCAAAAGAUCAACCUAUGAGAAUCUACUCAAGUUUAUGGGAUGCAGAAGAAUGGGCUACGCAGCAUGGUCUGGUUAAAACGAACUGGACUUUGGCACCUUUUACUGCUGGAUACAGAAAUUUUUCUGCAGAAGCUUGCGUUUGGUCAUACAAAACUAAAUCUUCUGCUUGUAAUUCUAAUGACUUUAAGUCAAAAAGAUGGCUAAAAACGGGGUUGGAUUCAAGAAGCCGUGCAGAAAUGAAAAGAUUGCAGAAGAAGCAUAUGGUAUAUGAUUAUUGUAAGGAUAAAUGGAGAUUUCCCAAGGGUCCUGGAAGAGAAUGCAAAUUUCAGUAGACAUGGACUCGAUAUAGAUUCAUUUAUCCUGACAAUUUUCCAUUAAUUACCAUUAAUUGGUAACAAUUUUCUUCAAUUUUUGAUUGGUAGCUAGCUAGACAUUUGUUUUGUAUAUGUAACUCUUUCGAAAUUCAUUUCUUUUCAAUGAAAGUCC